AUCAGGGUUGUAAUUCUGCAGAACCUUACAGCCAGUCUCGGCCACCAGGGAGCUCACUUCUUCUUUCCGCUAUUCUGAGGUGCAAAGUCCACUGUCACCAUGUCUGACACAGAGGAAGUCGAGGCCAUAGCAGAAGAAGUAGUUGAAGAGGUAGUUGAAGAGGUAGUAGAAGAAGAAGUGGUAGAGGAAGAGGUAGAAGUGGCCCCAGAGGCAGCCCCAGAACCAGAGGCAGAGCCUGAGCCAGAGCCCGAGCCAGAGGCAGAGCCUGAGCCAGAACCAGAGGCGGAAGCCCAAAAGCCACAGUUCAAGGUACCAAAGAUUCCUGAUGGCGAUAAAGUGGACUUUGACGACAUGCAGAAAAAACGUCAGAACAAGGAUCUUGUUGAGCUGCAGGGCCUGAUCGAUGCUCACUUUGAGCACAGAAAGAAGGAGGAGGAAGAGCUCAUCGCCCUCAAAGAAAGAAUUGAGAAGCGUAGGGCUGAGAGGGCCGAGCAGAACAGGAUCCGUAGCGAGAAGGAGAAGGAGCGCGCGGCGAGACGUGAGGAGGAGAGGCUGAAGAGGGAGGAGGCAGAUACCAAGAAGAAGGCUGAUGAGGACGCAAAGAAGAAGUCUGCCCUGUCCAGCAUGGGCUCCAACUACAGCAGCCAUCUGCAGAAGGCUGACUCAAAGAGAGGUGGGAAGAAGGAAACUGAGAGAGAGAAGAAGAAGAAGAUCCUGGCAGGCAGACGCAAGGCCCUGAACAUCGACCAUCUGAAUGAAGAGAAACUGAAGGAGAAGGCAAAGGAGCUGCAUGAAUGGAUGCAGACACUGGAGUCUGAGAAGUUUGACCACAUCGAGAGGCUGAAGAGGCAGAAGUAUGAGGUCACAACCCUGCGUAAGAGAGUGGAGGAGCUGAGUAAAUUCUCCAAGAAGGGUAAAACGGUCCGCAGAAAGUAAACAAUACUGUUCUGCUGCUUGGAGCCCAGACUGCCACCGUACUACCGUACACAAGCAUAAUGCAGCAACAACAACACACACUUACGCUAAGAUCAUGGCUCAGACACGACUAACACUAUGUCUUAAUGUUUGCAUAUUCACACAAGAUGUGCUACGGUCUACAGACGUAGAACGGAGUCAUUAGCUGCUGUUGUAGGAAUUAUCCCUCACGCUUUCUCUCCCUGGACUGUUUGGUUCUCAGUAUUUUUGUAAAUAAAGUGACUCUUCAACCUUGUCUGUAGAUCUGUUAUUAACCAAAACCCUCAAAAAAUACAUAUAUUUUUUGCUGUGUAAUUUCAAAAGCAAUUUGUUCAUAUUAAUAAAUAUAUCCACUUUAAUAAGA